GUGUUAAAUCCGCCUGUCUCUUCCAUCCCGGGGAGAUCAUGGCUUUCCGGUAUACCCGGAUGUUGUCCAAGACGGCAUCAUCGUCUUUCUUAUCGGCAGCCAGCCGCACCUCUGGACUGGCGACCCGAUCCACUUUCGCUACAACCACCAGGGCCUCCUCCAGCUCAACCUCAGCAUUGGCCUACAAGGCGCUGCACCGACGUUCCCCGCUCACACUCCCCGUAACGGAUGUCUCGCAGCAAUGGGACGCCCAGACCGCCGUCUCGUCAAUUCUCUACGAGACCCCCGUUCGGCCGACAAACCCGCCCAAGCGUCAUGUCUUGAACUGUCUGGUACAAAACGAGCCCGGUGUGCUCUCCCGCGUUUCGGGGAUCUUGGCCGCCCGCGGCUUCAAUAUUGACAGUCUUGUCGUUUGCAAUACCGAGGUGGAGGAUUUGUCUCGCAUGACCAUCGUGCUGCAGGGUCAGGAUGGCGUUGUCGAGCAGGCCCGCCGCCAGCUGGAUGAUCUUGUCCCCGUCUGGGCUGUCCUCGAUUACACGGACUCUGCGCUUGUUCAGCGUGAGCUGCUUCUGGCCAAGGUCAGCAUUUUGGGCCCAGAGUACUUCGAGGAGCUUCUCCAGCAUCACCGCGAGAUCACCACCCCCGUUGAGUCUAUGGAGGCGCAGAAGAAGAGCACCGAUAGCAAGGCCUCCACGAAAACCGAGGAAUAUCACCCCCGCAACCUUCCUAGCAGUCAGGCUUUGAGACACAAGCACGAGCAUCUGGAUGCAAUCACACGAUUAACCCACCAGUUCGGUGGCAAGGUCUUGGAUAUCAGUACUAACAACUGCAUCGUUGAACUCUCUGCCAAGCCCAGCCGUAUUGACUCCUUCAUGAAGCUCAUUUCCCCCUUCGGUAUUCUCGAGUCCACCCGAACCGGUCUGAUGGCUUUGCCCCGGUCUCCUCUGUUUGAGGCCAAUGAAGAGCUCGAGAAGGAAGCUGCCGACGUUGUUGACGCCAGCACCCUUCCCCCUGGUUAA